CUAUCUCAUUACCAGAAAUAAAUUAGAUAUUCUAUCUUCCCGAUAUGACUGUUCGCUUCCGGUCCAGCCCGGAAGUGAUAACAAUUCAGCUGUCAUGGCUGAAAAAGAGGAAUGUUUUAGGUCUGCCACUAUUGCUUUUAUUAAUAACUGUGUCUCUUUUGCAUUUAAUUAUUUGUCCGUUCACUAAAGUUGAGGAAAGCUUUAAUUUACAAGCGGCGCACGACAUUCUGUAUCACAGAACUAACUUUGACAAGUACGACCAUCAUGAAUUCCCUGGUGUGGUGCCACGGACCUUCCUCGGCCCCCUGUUUCUCUCCGUGCUCUGCUCCCCUGUUGCGUUUCUGUCCUCUCUACUGGAUGCGCCGAAAUUCUACACCCAGCUGGCAGUCCGAGCUUCCCUGGGAGCGUGCGUCGUUGGUGCACUGUGGCACAUGCAGAAGGAGGUGAGGAGGCAGUUUGGCUCCACGGUUGCGGGGCUCUUCUGUCUGACGUGUGCUUCUCAGUUUCACCUCAUGUUCUACAGCACCAGGACGCUCCCUAAUGUGUUCGCACUGCCACUAGUUCUGGUGGCGUUCACGUCGUGGAUGGCUCAGAAAUACGGCCGGUUUGUCAGACUCUCCGCUUUAGUCAUCAUCGUGUUCCGGUCCGAGCUCUGCAUCUUCCUGGGUCUCAUGUUACUGAUAUCAAUGUUGAGCAGGAAGCUGGGACUGCUGCAGCUGCUUUACUAUGCUGUUCCUGCUGGGAUCUCGUCACUGGCUUUGACAGUGGCCAUUGACGCAUCUUUUGGGAGGAAAUUGUUGUGGCCCGAAGGUCAGGUUUUGGGUACAACCACUAUUCUCAACAAAAGUUCCAACUGGGGAAUCGCUCCUUUCCUGUGGUACUUCUACUCUGCCGUGCCCCGCGCCCUGGGCUGCACGCUGCUGUUCCUCCCCCUCGGCCUGCUCGACAGGCGGAUGAGGCUGCUGCUGCUGCCCACCGUGGGCUUCAUCCUCAUCUACUCGCUCCUGCCUCAUAAGGAGCUGCGCUUCGUCAUAUACACUUUCCCUGUGCUCAGCUUGGUGGUUGCCCGAGGCUGUUCUUUCAUUUUGUGCAACUACCAGAAAUCCUGGAUGUACAAACUGGGCUCUGCGGUGGUGGUUGGCCAUCUUUUUACCAAUGCAGCGUACUCCAGUAUUAGUCUCUACAUUUCCCACCACAACUACCCAGGGGGCCGAGGAAUGGAGGAGCUACACAGGCUGUUGCCAGUCACAGCAGACGUCUUUGUUCAUAUCGACACCUAUUCUGCUGAAACUGGAGUAUCCCGCUUCUUAGAGCAAAACAGAAACUGGAGAUAUGACAAACGUGAGGACCUGAAUCUCAAGAAUCUUGACAUGAAAGUGUACACACACCUUCUGAUGGAGGCUAAUGUCACCAAGAUACAACUGCUCCAGGACACCCAUCAGCCUCUGGCCGUCAUUGAAGGCUACAGCAACAUUGCCUUCAACAUAUUUCACAUCCCGCCCAUUAGUGUGCGAUUAGCAAGAAAAGCUGUGCUCAUGGAGAGAAAGACUGCAACCGGACAGCAAAGAGAGUGACUUCAGGGAAUCUUGGAUUAAGGUGUUUCUAAGCGAACAAAGGUGAUCAAAACAAGUGUCCUCAAAGGUUAUAAUGGUGUCAGGUAAACAACAACACAGUUCGAUCACCUGACACAUUGACUGCCGACAUGUGCUACCCAUGUAGAUAAAUGUUGCAGUGAACUGUCGGACAUCUCUCUAUGUGUAUGUGUAUGUCAUGUUGUCUUGCAGAUAGCUUUGUAUUGUUUACUGCAGCCUGUUAUUUGCAUAUUUUGUAGACAUAUUUUAUAAAUGAAUACAGCUGAAACUGAGGGGAUUAAAUUCAUAUUGGAUCCAUGGUACAUUAUAUCAAAGCUGAUUGCUAAAAAAAAAAGAGAAACCUCUGCGAUAUUGCAUAAGGAAAACCUUUAUUUAAAAAUGACCAAAAAAUUUGCGUGGUUUCAGUCUCGAUGCUAAAACAUUUAUCAAAUUAGUUCAGAAGUCAUUUCAUAUAAAAAAAAAUGUACAGUACACAAUUUUUACUCAAUAAUAAACCCAUAAUUUAAUCCCCUGGACAUAAACUUAAAAUUGUGCUUAAGAGACAAAUUGUAUAUUCCAAACAAACUGCUUAUUCUGAAAAUACAGCAAUAUUAUACAGGAUCUUAUUAAAAACAUUUCAGCAAGUAAAAAAAAAAAAAGAUUCUAUUUCUAAACGACAGUACCAUGAGCCACAAUUUCACAAUGAAAAUUAAAUAACAUUAACUUAAAA